AUGAAAUCCACCAAGUUAUCCCUAUCAACAUUUUUCGUCAUUUGCUUGUGCUUCAUAUUUAAUGCUUCUGUUCCAACAUUAUCUCUUAAAUUAUAUGAAAUUGUAUGCAAUCAAGCCGCGCAAGAUAGGAACGAUUGCUUGAAUUUUUUGAAAGAUGAUUCAAGAAUCAUUGCAGCCACAAAUUAUCAUGACCUCUCAAGGUAUAUCUUAAAUUUUGCAAUAUCUGAAGCUACAUCGGUUCAAGCAUAUGUUAGAACAUUAGCAAAACAUAAUCCCAAUGAUGAAGCUCUUAGACUAUGUGGCAAUGAUUUUUACAACAAAAUUCUUGGUGCAUUCAAUAGGGCAUUGAGUGAGUUGAAUAUGGAUCCUCAAAGUGCAAAAAAUGAUGUACAAAGUGCUAGUGAUGGAGUAGCAAGUUGUGAGAAAGCUAUUCAAAAUCAUAAGGGGACAUAUGAUCCUGCGGUCCAUGUUCGAAACAAUGAGAUUUUUGUACUUAGUGAAGUUGCAUUUAUAUCUAUAAAUCAUCUUACAUAG